AUCACCAAAAUGAAGACUGCUCUAAUUUUGCUCAGCAUUUUGGGAAUGGCCUGUGCUUUUUCAAUGAAAAAUUUGCAUCGAAGCGUCAAAUUAGAAGAUUCUGAAGAAAAUGGGGUUUUUAAGUACAGGCCACGAUAUUAUCUUUACAAGCAUGCCUACUUUUAUCCUCCUCUGAAAAGAUUUCCAGUUCAGGGAAAUAGUGACUCUUCUGAAGAAAAUGGAUAUGGUGAUAGUUCAGAAGAGGAGGAGGAAGAAGAGGAGACCUCAAAUGAAGAAGAAAACAAUGAAGACUCCAAUGGAAAUGAAGAUGAAGAAUCUGAGGCUGAGAAUUCCACACUCUCUACUGUAACUCUUGGCUAUGGGGAAGAAAUCACUCCUGGAACAGAGAGUGUAGGGUUCGCUGCAAUCCAGCUUCCUAAGAAGGCUGGGGGUAUAGGAAAUAAGGCUACAAAAGUGAAGGAAAGUGAUGAAGAAGAAGAAGAGGAAGAAAAUGAAAAUGAAGAAAAUGAAGCUGAAGUAGAUGAAAAUGAACAAGGCAUAAAUGGCACCAGCACCAACAGUACAGAGGUAGAAAAUGGUAAAAGCAAUGGUGGUGGAGACAAUGGGGAAGAAGAGGGCGAAGAAGAAAGUGUCACUGGAACCAGUGCAGGAGAAACCACUGCCACUAUUGCUGGCUUUCAGACAACAACUUCUCCAAAUGGUGGCUUUGAACCUACAACUCCACAGGAGGUCUAUGGAACCACCUCCCCACCAUUUGGCAAAACCACCACCGUUGACUAUGAGGGAGAGUAUGAACAAAUAGGCAACAAUGAGUAUGACAAUGGAUAUGAAGUCUAUGACAAUGAGAAUGGGGAACCUCGUGGGGACACUUACCGAGCGUAUGAGGACGAGUACAGCUACUACAAGGGGCAAGGCUAUGAUGGUCAAAAUUACUACUACCAUCAGUGA